AAAAUCAGACUUCAAGGACGAUCGGCCUUUAAACACUGCGAAGUCGGUUUUGUCUCGGUUCAGCGACCCAGCCUUUGCCGUUUACGGCUAUGCCACCGGCCUCUCUGACAAGAGCUACCUAAGGCGAAACGGUUAACAGCAAAUGGAUGUCUCAGCUGCAGACGCGGGGUCUGUUCCCUCGCCAUGCUCCGACGUGUCGGUCUUGGUUGCACACGGCCAGCUCACCAGCCUGAAAGACUUCGUGGUGGUGGAGGUGCUGAGUCAAGACCCGCUCAACAAAUCCAUAGCGCUGCUGGGCAGGUUUGCAGGCCGCCCAGAUGACGCCGUGCUGCUGCUGGCACGAAAGCCCUUUGACGCCGGCGACCUGCCGGGUCUAGCAGGGCCGGGUCUGGAGCUGCAGCUGGACUUUGUGAAUGACAUCUACAGCAAGUAUGUGGGCCAGCCUCUUCCGCAUCACAGCCGCAUCACAGUGGACCUCAUCUAUCCCGCCACUGCCAAGCACGUGCAGAAGCACCGGGAGCAGAAGCGGAUCAUGGUGACCGAGACGCCGGAGCUGUACGAGCAAGUUGUGCUGCCGUACAUCCGCGCCAUCCCCCCCGCCCGCCUGCAGUGGGUCUACAACAUUCUGGAGAAGAAGAAAGAGGUGGAGCGACUGAUCUUUGAGGACCCGGACCCGGUGAAUGGCUUCAUGCUGCAUCCCGACCUCAAAUGGGACCAGACCAGCUCGGACCAGCUGUACUGUCUGGCUCUGGUGGCGCGGCGCGACCUGGCCUGCCUGCGGGACCUCACGCAGGAGCACCUGCCGCUGCUGGAGAACCUGAGGGACAAGGGGUGCCAGGCCAUCCAGCGGCGCUACGGCGUGGCGCCCAGCUGCCUGCGCGUGUUCCUGCACUACCAGCCCUCCUACUACCACCUGCACGUGCACUUUGUACACGUGGCGCUGGCCAGCCCGGGCGCGGCGGCGGGCAAGGCGGUCUUGCUAGACGACGUCAUUGACUGCAUCAAGACAUGCGGCAGUGAUGUGUGGCGGCGCCGCACACUGACCUACCAGCUGGGUGAGGCGGACGAGCUGUGGCGGCUGCUGGGCGGCGGGGCGCAGCAGGAGCAGCAGCAGGCGGAGCAGUAGCAGCAGCAGCAGCAGCAGUGGCAGUAGCAGGAGCAGGAGUAGCAAGAGCAGGAGCGGAUGCAGUGAGGGAGGGUGCGGUGCUUGAAGUGGGCGUGCAGGUGUUUUGAAGUGUCGUGUGAUGGUGAGGAAUUGGGGAGGGGACCGGCUUACACAAACACGGCGCGUCUUCGCCACGCGUCUAAAACUCUGGGCCCCACAAUGCUACAUGACGUCCUUCCGACGUACGCCGGGAUCGUUAGCUUGCACUCCGGGGAAGUUGUCUCAGCCCGCGACCCAUGGAAAGCAGACGGGAUAGCUGCAUAGGCAGGACUGUGUUCGACGCGACGGCGUGGAGAGACGUUACCGCUGUCAGCUGCUGUUACCGCUCUUUUGCUGUAACGUACGCCUGCC